GGGGGUCGGGGGGUGCGCCCCGCCGGGUCACGGGUGCCCCGGCCCGGCCGCGGCUCCCCCGGGGGCCCGUCGGCCUCGGGGGGUGCCUAACUCCCUUAGAAACCCGUGGGGAUUAGAUGCCCACAGACCUUGUAGGCUCUGUGCCUUGCGUGGCGCGGCGAGAGGGCGGGCACACCCUCCACGCCCUCUGAAUGUCCAGCGCUUUGAGGGGCAGGCCGCAGAGCCAUGCAACUGGAACAGGAGGGCUGGUGGCACCCUGGAGACUAACCAAUUUAUCUGAGCAUGAGCUUUCCUGAGCGACAGCUCACUUCAUCGGAUGCAUGCAGCGGAAAAUGCAGUGGGGAAGAUUUAUAUACGCGGAGAACAUGCCACAAUGGGCGUUACCAUACACCCUGUAACCAGAGUGGUCCGGUAAGCUACCGGAAACUAGCCUUGAAGAACCAUCCUUUAAAAAAUAAAGAACCUUGGGCGCUGGAUAAAUUCAGGCAGCUCGCAGAAGCCUAUGAAGUGUUAAGUGAUCCUGUGAAGAGGGGCAUCUAUGAUAAAUUUGGAGAAGAGGGUCUCAAAGGUGGGAUCCCCCUGGAAUUUGGGAGUGAAAAUCCCUGGUCUGUUGGCUAUGUGUUUCACGGCAAUGCUGAUAAAGUCUUCAAGGAGUUCUUUGGAGGCGAUAAUCCCUUUGCUGAGUUCUUUGCCCCAGAUGGGUCUGAGGUGAACAUGGCAUUCGGGGGGCUGCGGGGAAAAGGGGUGGCGAAGCAGGACCCGCCAAUUGAGCGAGAUCUCUACCUGUCACUGGAGGACCUGUUCUACGGAUGCACCAAGAAAAUUAAGAUUUCUCGCAGGGUGAUGAAUGAAGACGGUCACACGUCCACCAUCAGAGAUAAGAUCUUAACAAUCGACGUGCAGCCCGGGUGGAAGCAGGGCACCAGGAUUACCUUUCAAAAAGAAGGAGACCAGGGCCCGAACAUUAUCCCAGCUGAUAUUAUCUUCAUUGUACGAGAGAAACUCCACCCAAGGUUUAAAAGGGAGGAUGAUGACCUGCUCUAUGUAGCCACCAUCCCCCUAGGGAAGGCUUUGAUUGGCUGUACAGUGGAUGUGAGAACCCUAGAUGACAGACUGCUUAAUAUUCCCAUCAAUGACAUAGUCCAAUCCUCAGAGUACACUUCUGUUUCCUUGUGGAUUGUCUCCUUGAUACAAACGUGGCACCAUAAACCAAUGUCAACUAGAGUUGUGUGUGUAAAACAGGCACCAGAGGCAAAAAGACUAAAAAUGACUAAUAGUCUACUCUACUUGCGCUAUAUUGAUGACACCUUCAUCAUCUGGACCCAUGGAAAAGAAGCCCUUGAGGAAUUCCACCACGAUUUCAACAAUUUCCAUCCCACCAUCAACCUCAGCCUGGUCCAGUCCACACAAGAGAUCCACUUCCUGGACACUACAGUGCUAAUAAACAAUGGCCACAUAAACACCACCCUAUACCGGAAACCUACUGACCGCUAUUCCUACCUACAUGCCUCCAGCUUUCACCCUGACCACACCACACGAUCCAUCGUCUACAGCCAAGCUCUGCGAUACAACCGCAUUUGCUCCAACCCCUCAGACAGAGACAAACACCUACAAGAUCUCUGUCAAGCUUUCUUACAACUACAAUACCCACCUGCAGAAGUAAAGAAACAGAUUGAUAGAGCCAGAAGAGUUCCCAGAAGUUACCUACUACAGGACAGGCCUAACAAAGAAAAUAACAGAACGCCACUAGCCGUCACCUUCAGCCCCCAACUAAAACCCCUCCAACGCAUUAUUAAGGAUCUACAACCUAUCCUAAAGGAUGACCCAACACUCUCACAAGUCUUGGGAGACAGGCCAGUCCUUGCCUACAGACAGCCCCGCAACCUGAAGCAAAUACUCACCAACAACCACAUACCACACAACAGAACCACUAACCCAGGAACUUAUCCUUGCAACAAAGCCCGUUGCCAAUUGUGCCCACAUAUCUAUUCAGGGGACACCAUCACAGGGCCUAAUAACAUCAGCCACACUAUCAGAGGCUCGUUCACCUGCACAUCCACCAAUGUGAUAUAUGCCAUCAUGUGCCAGCAAUGCCCCUCUGCCAUGUACAUUGGUCAAACUGGACAGUCUCUACGUAAAAGAAUAAAUGGACACAAAUCAGAUGUCAAGAAUUAUAACAUUCAUAAACCAGUCGGAGAACACUUCAAUCUCUCUGGUCACGCAAUCACAGACAUGAAGGUCGCUAUCUUAAAACAAAAAAACUUCAAAUCCAGACUCCAGCGAGAAACUGCUGAAUUGGAAUUCAUUUGCAAAUUGGAUACUAUUAAUUUAGGCUUAAAUAGAGACUGGGAGUGGCUAAGUCAUUAUGCAAGGAUGUGAACCAAGGAAACUGGAAAGGGGCCGGUGCUGCUGGAUGAGACUUCCCCAAAUCACUCCUGUGAGCUCAGCACUGAAGGGGAAAUUCAGCACAAGGUUUCUGCACCUGGACCGGGGUAAAUUCCACUCCACUGCUCGGGUGGGGGCCUGCCUGCUGUAGUUGCCAUUGUCGUUCAUUGACCAGAGCGAUGCUGUUGCUUUGGUCUCAGAUUAGUGCUUUCGGUGAAGCACGGGGGCUCAUUCGUCCAGCUCAGAAAGAUGCAGGGUGAGCUGAUCCCACUCGGAUUCAAGCACUGGGAUCAUUCUAGGUAUUUCUAACCCGAUGCUUAGAUCCCUCAGCUGUCCCCUCUGGGUUUGCACCACAGACCUUUCAGCAUGGGCCAGAUCGGAAAAAGAGAGAAAGGACUAAAUCUGCCAAAGAAAAGACAGGAGACCUGCAACGAGAUCCCCUGGGGGCUGUCUGAGUCCUUUUAUUAGCAAUGGCUGCAAGGCAGCAAUAACCAUGACACAGUUUAAUGGCCACUUGUCCCCUGUGACACAAGUGAUCCAGGUGAGGCGGGCAAUACUCCUCCAAUAAUUCCCUCUCAGUGCAGCUCCAGAACACUGACUAGUAUGCACCGCAGGCAGCUCGGGCCGGUGUCCUGCUGCAGAUCCAUCUGUGGGCGGUCGGCUCUGUGGGAGGGAGAGAGGAUCUAAAGUUACCUGUGUCUUGGUAGGCGUUUCUUUUGCAUUAUUUAUCCCACUUCUGCUUCCCGGCACAUCAGCUGGGCUGGUUGAAUCAUACAGAGACCAGAGAUGGAAAAGACCUGGCAGGUCCCAGCUGGUUGGUCCUUUCACUGGGCUUGUUCCCUAAAGUCUAUUAAUCAGUGAAUAAUCCAAUCUAAGGCCUUGGCUACAUUGCAAAGGGUUUGCCAGUAGAGCUAUGCCGGUAGACCAGCAAGAGAGUUCUUUUCCCAGUACACCUGAUACCUGUUCUCCAAAGAAAAUCAACUAUACGAGCAACAGGACUUUUUUUGCUGGUAAAACUGUAUCUGCGGUGGGGCUUUUGCUGGCCAGUGAUUUAGCUGGGAGGAGAGCUGGGGGCACUGGAAUAAGCUACGCUGCCAAGGCAUAAUUUUGCUGCCUCCACAUUAAGAGCGCUUUGCUGAUCUAGUACGCUGGUAUACCUGUGCCGGUAAAGCCUUCCAGGUGUUGACUUGUGUCACAACUAUAAAGGGAAGGGUAACCACCUUUCUGUCCACAGGGCUAUAAAAUCCCUCCUAGCCAGAGGCAAAACCCCUUCACCUGUAAAGGGUUAAGAAGCUAGGGUAACCUCGCUGGCACCUGACCAAAAUGACCAAUGAGGAGACAAGUUACUUUCAAAGCGGGGGGUCUGUCUGUCUGUGUGAUGCUUUUGCCGGGAACAGAUCAGAAAUGCAAGCCUGCCAACUCCUGUUAAGUUAGUAAGUAAUCUAGCUAGAAAAUGCGUUAGAUUUCCUUUUGUUUAAUGGCUGGUAAAAUAAGCUGUGCUGGAGGGAAUGUAUAUUCCUGAUUUUGUGUCUUUUUGUAACUUUAGGUUUUGCCUAGAGGGAUUCUCUAUGUUUUGAAUCUGAUUACCCUGUAAGGUAUUUACCAUCCUGAUUUUACAGAGGUGAUUCUUUUACCUUUUCUUUAAUUAAAAUUCAUCUUUUAAGAACCUGA